GUUUGAAAAUCGAGACUAUAUUCACCGUGAACAUCGCGACCGAAGCUCAAGUGCGCUAAUGGCCGCCGACUAGGAUCUAAAACCUCAAACGCAGUAUGUUGUAAUAAGGAUUAUUAACUUGCAGUAUUAUUAAUUAUAAACAUUAACGACUUAACUAAGCUCAGAGACCUAGCAUUUUAGUAAAUAACUGCUAAAAUAGUCAGUCAACCGAGUGUAUUGUGUUCCUAAGGGAACAAUAAAAAAAAUCAUGGAGGAAGAAACUGAGUUUACUAAGCUGCCAGUUGAGGACAGAUGUGUGCAUAAGUCAUGGAAGGCAAGAGUUCAUGGAUAUGAAGAAUGUACGAAGAAAUUCGGGUGUAUUGACGACGAGAAAUCUCCCGAGUGGAACAAGUUCUUGGGGUUGAUGAAGAAGUUUGUGGUUGACAGCAAUGUUGCUGCUCAGGAAAAAGGAUUAGAAGCAGCGUUGGCUUUUGUUGAGAAUGCUGCUUGCGCUGGAAAGACUGUUGGUGAAGUAAUGAGCGGGAUAGUAAAUAAAUGUAUAGCAGCUCCAAAAGCCAAAACAAAAGACUUAGCAGUGCAAAUAACCUUGAUGUACAUUGAGAUAGAGAAGCAUGAGACAGUACAAGAGGAGCUUCUGAAAGGGACUGAGGCUAAAAAUCCAAAAAUAGUCGCGGGCUGCAUCAACACUUUAACUCUUUCACUUCGCGAGUUUGGGUCUAAAGUAAUAAACAUAAAACCACUGGUAAAAAAGAUGCCUGGCUUCUUAGAAGACCGUGAUAAGAUCGUUCGUGAGGAAGGUAAAGCAAUGGUUAUUGAAAUUUACCGGUGGAUUGGGAUUCCAAUAAAGCAGCAGCUCAACACUUUGAAACCUGUGCAAAUGUCUGAGUUAGAAGUCGAGUUCGGCAAGCUUGAUGGUGCCAAAGCAUAUCCCACUCGCUACUUACGGUCACAGAAGCCGAAAAAUGUAAUUGCUGAAUCCGCAGCUGCUGAAGGGGAUGACGUUGAUGAUGACGAAGCCGGUGAAGAGGAAGCUGCUGAAGACAUCGAUCCUUACGAGCUUAUUGACCCCGUGGACAUCCUUUCCAAGCUUCCGAAGGAUUUCUACGACAAACUCGAGGCCAAAAAGUGGCAGGAGCGUAAAGAAGCGCUUGAAGCUCUUGAAACUCUGUGCAAAAACCCCAAACUCGAGAGUGGAGACUACGGAGACGUUAUUAGGGCGUUAAAGAAAAUAAUCGCUAAAGAUUCUAAUGUUGUCGUCGUUACAAUCGCUGGGAAAUGUCUGACAGGACUUGCCAAUGGACUGAAAAAGCGGUUCCAUCCUUACGCCACUGCAUGCUUGCCGGUAGUCUUAGAGAAAUUUCGUGAAAAGAAGCCCAACGUGGUCGCAGUACUUCGUGAAGCGGCAGACGCAGUUUUCCAGAGCAUCACCGUGGAUGUAAUUCUUGAGGAUGCGCUAGCUGCUUUGGAAAACAAAAAUCCGUCAGUGAAAGCUGAAACUGCUGCAUUUUUAGGUCGUUGUUUCGCACAUACACUGCCUGCAACUUUAAACAAGAAAUUGCUAAAGGCUUAUAUCGGCGCGUUGCUCAAGACUUUGAACGAACCAGACCCGACUGUGAGAGAUAAUUCCGCAGAGGCGCUUGGUACGGCGAUGAAACUCGUCGGUGAGAAAGCUAUGAUGCCUUUCCUGACGGAUCUUGACGCGCUCAAGAUGGCCAAGAUCCAAGAGUGUGCUGAGAAAGCUGUGAUACUUGUCAAAGUUGUUGCGCCAAAGAAGCCAGAGAGACCUACAACUGCACCAGCUAAAGUUGAGUCCAAACCACCGGCCAAAGGCAAUGCUAAGAAACCUGCUGCUUCUGUUAGUAACAGCAAUACUUAUAAAAAACCUAAUUUGAAGAAACCUGCUGCUGGUGGUAAGAAGACUGUUGCGCCAAAAACACAAAUCGAAAAAGAUUUGAGCGCGGAAUCGGUUGAUGACAUAGCGGGUGAAUGCUUGACAGGAGAUAUUUUGUCGGGAUUAGUUGAUGCUAAUUGGAAGUCCCGUUUGGCUGCAGUCGAACAGCUUAAUGAGACGAUCAAGCAAAUGGGUUCUGAUGUUCCGUGCCAGGUUAUCGUUCGGAUACUUGCCAAGAAACCUGGAUUCAAGGAUACUAAUUUCCAGGUAUUGAAGCAGCGUCUCGAGGUCAUAAAAAUGCUCGCUGAAAACUACACAUUUUCGAUCACAGCUGCAAACUAUUGCAUAAUGGACAUUGCGGAAAAGUUAGGAGAUGCUAAAAAUGGAUCUACAGCAGCAGAAACUUUGCUAGCAAUCGCUGAAGCGACGUCUUUCGAGCACGUGGCCAAUGAAGUUGUGACUUUCGCAUUUAACCAGAAGAGCCCAAAAGUACAACAAGAGUCGUUAGUGUGGUUGUCAAAUGCCUUGUUAGAAUUCAGCUGCGCGUUAAACGUCAAGUUAGUGAUUGAGAGCGUGAAGAAAGCCGUGGCUGCAACAAAUCCCGGAGUACGCACUGCGGCGAUAACAUUGAUCGGUACUUUGUACUUGUAUGUUGGCAAGCCACUUCUGACCUUUUUCGACGGUGAAAAACCGGCAUUGAAGCAGCAGAUCGAGCAGGAGUGCGAGAAACACGAUGGAGAACGACCUCCUGAACCCACGCGAGGUCCCAAAUCGCGAGACAAGAAAGUUGCCGACGAUGCAGAGGAAGAAGAAGAAGAAAAUUACGUUGCAGAGACUGUAGACAUAAAUGAUUUAAUUCCGAGGGUAGAUAUCAGCAACCAGAUCACAGAAGCGCUGUUGGCCGAGCUGGGUGAUAAGAAUUGGAAAGUACGUAACGAAGGACUCAUCAAAGUCCAAGCCAUGAUUACAGAUGCUAAAUUUAUCAAAGGAUCUAUUGGAGAAUUGCCUCGUGCAUUGUCGCCAAGGCUGGUUGACAGUAAUACAAAAAUAGCACAGACUGCACUAGGAAUUUGCGAGGCUUUAUCGAGCGCAAUGGGCCCUCCGAUAAAGCAACAUGUUCGUGUUCUUUUCCCAGGAUUCGUUCACUGCCUCGGAGACUCCAAAAAUUGGAUCCGAAGUGCGGCAAUUUCAUGCAUUAACUCCUGGGGCGACCAGUGCGGAUACAAAGAAUUUUUCGACGGCGAAAUGAUUGGUGACGCGCUUAAAGCCGGUUCGCCAACUCUACGUAUAGAGUUGUGGAACUGGUUGGCGCAAAAAUUGCCUCCCAUACCGGUGAAACAGGUUCCUAAGGAAGAGCUAAUGUUAUGUGUGCCGCAUUUGUACAGCAAUUUGGAGGACCGUAAUUCGGAUGUGCGGAAAAAUGCACAGGAAGCUAUUCUAGGAUUCAUGAUGCAUUUAACUUAUGAAGGCAUGUUGCGUCAGACGGAGAAACUAAAACCGGGUUCCAAGAAUGUCGUAGUCGCUGCUUUGGAGAAGACUAGGCCGAGUUUGCCGAUAAAACCGCUCCCGACUAAAAAGCAGGAACAAGUUAAGACUGUAAAAAGCGGAGGUGCUGCUAAGGUUGCCAAAGCAGUGAUUAAACCUAAGAGCGCGACGGCUGCCAAGCCUGCUAGUGCUAGGAAGAAGGACGAUGAUGUUGAUACCAGUCCUUUGUUGGCUGUCAAUAAUUUGAAGCAUCAGCGGGUUAUUGAUGAGCAGAAGCUCAAAGUUCUCAAGUGGAACUUUACAACACCUAGAGAGGAGUUCGUGGAAUUACUGAAGGAAUUGAUGAGCACCGCUGGCGUAAACAAGUCCUUGAUUGCCAAUAUGUUUCAUACGGACUUCCGGUACCAUUUGAAGGCCAUUGAGUCGCUUUCUGACAACGUCCAGGACAAUAGUAAAGCGCUGACUUGUAACUUGGAUCUGAUCCUCAAAUGGUUGACCCUGAGAUUUUUCGACACAAACCCCUCUGUCCUACUCAAGGGUCUCGACUUUCUACAAGCUGUGUUCCAAAUUCUUAUUGAAGAUCAGUAUCAUAUGCUAGAGAACGAGGCUGCCUCUUUUCUGCCGUAUUUGAUUCUCAAGAUUGGAGACCCUAAAGAUUCUGUGAGAAACAGCGUCCGUGCAUUGUUCAAACGCAUCGCUCUGGUUUAUCCUGUCAGUAAAUUGUUUUCUUACGUGAUGGAAGGAUUAAAGUCAAAGAACGCGCGUCAGAGGACUGAGUGUUUGGACCAGCUGGGCUCGCUGAUCGAAAACUACGGUGUUACUGUCUGCCAGCCGACACCUGCGGCUGCUUUGAGAGAAAUAGCCAAGCAAAUUGCCGAUCGUGAUAACUCGGUGCGAAAUGCCGCGCUGAAUUGUAUCGUUCAGGCUUACUACCUCGAGGGUGAGCGAAUACACAAAUUGAUUGGUAAUAUAUCCGAGAAAGACAUGUCGCUGUUGGAAGAGAGGAUCAAAAGGGCCAACAAAAAUCGGCCAAGUAAACCGGCUUCGGCUGUUAGGAUGUCCACCAUGCCAAUGAUUGCCGCUGCGGCGAGUAAUGAGGAUAUUGAGCCGGAUGAUGAAGGCAGCGAUGAAAAAGACGAGGAAACUGAAGAAAUCGCUGAGGACUUUGAUGAUCGGACACAUGUUUUAUCAACAACAACAAAGAUCAACAAAAUAAAUCUCAAUGUUCCUCCUAGUGUUAAUCGCGUCGUCGUUAAGUCGCCAGAUAAUUUGUCAAAUGAUCAGGAGAAUAAUUUUAACAACACUUAUGUUAAUAAUAAACCUGAGAAAACGUACGCAAUAUCACCACCUCAAUCUCCUGUCCGAGCAAAACCGUCAGGGCCUUUCGGUCUGGACAUGGAGUUCCUGCGACAGCUGGAAGAAAAAUACCCAGCAAACUGGACCGUACCCGUGCUUCCAGAAAUAAAGUGGGAUCCAAAUGACUCAAUAACCUCCAUUCAAAACAUCGACCGGCUCCUCGUUGAGAUUUCUCCCUCAAAAUUACCAGCAAGCAAGCCAUCUCUACGCGUGUCCCCAGUAACCUCGCCUGUCAGCAGUAAGAACGACAACUUGGACUGCAUAAUCCUUCUGAUGGCCAGUCCGCGGCUACAGACCGCCCUUCAGGCAUUGAACAACAUGGACGAAAUGAUUAAGUCCUCCCCGUUAACCCUCAUACAAUCCAAAGAAGACAAGUUCAUAAAUUCAAUAAACAUGCAGCUUAAAUUUUUACAAAAGUACCCACUGACUCCCGAGAAUAGCGAAGUUACCAAAGUGUAUCGCGCGACAUUUGUUGUUCUGCUAUCAUUUUUAGAAUCAAAAGUUCUGGGUAAGAACGUGUCGAUGCCCCAGCUGAAGGAGCUUAUUUAUUUGAUGUUGAUGCUGCUGGCGGAGAAUAAAUUCGAGCAUGUAGAAGACACAGACAUGUACAUGCGCGUCGUAAAUGUGAUAAUUGUCAAGACUAUUGACUACUCAAACCACACAACACUUAUCUGUGUGCUGAUAAAACUGCUGCAAGAGUGUGCAGAGUCGACGGUGAUGCCUAAGUACGAAGAAUUGGUGAUGAAAUGUUUGUGGAAAAUAGUUAAAACUAUUUCAAACAGAUCAGCAGAGCUUGACUAUGACACUAUUCUACUAACAGUCCAUCAAUUUUUCAAGGACUAUCCGUCUUCUUGGUGGAAAACUCGACAUUCGGACUUGCCAGUACGUACUGUAAAAACAGUCCUUCACAGUAUGACCAAAAUAAAGGGCAGAUCGAUGCUGAACCACUUGACACUGAUAAACAACAUUCAGGAGUCAGAGUUGCGCUCGUAUUUGAACCGACUGAUUGAUAUGGUCAACAGCUCCAACAAUGGCCAGACCAAACAAAGGCAUAUGUCUAAAGAAAUGCAUGCCCAGCUGACAGAGAUCUUCAAAAAAAUCGGAUCCAAGCAGCAGAGCCACGAAGGUCUUGUUCAGCUCUAUGAUUUCAAGCAGGAGCAUCCCGAGGCUGACAUUCAGCCGUUCUUAGCCAAGUCACACCAGUUCUUCAGAAAUUACAUCGAGCAGAACCUCAAAAUUAUUGAUCAGGAAAGGAAAAAUCAAAUGUCUGCGGAGGAUCCGGUCCAAGAGACAGCUAGGGCAAUUAGUGCUGCCGAGGAACGAAUUUCCAUGGAUCCUGCGCAACGGUUAGAGAGAUUGCGGGCUCUGGAAGCUCAGUACCGUGGCAAUGGUUCCAGACCCACGUGAAUUAACUUAUUUUCUAAUGAAUAUAAUAAUCGUUAAUUUUAUUAUGUACACAGUCUAGAAACGAGUCUGAUUUUUUUUAUUUAAAUGUUUUUAAAUUUCAAUCCUUUUGAUUUUUAUUUAUUUAUUGCGUAAUAUAUUGAAACAGUGUCAAACUUGUUUGUUUUUGGAGUGUUUAUAAUGGCCUCAUCAUGACUACUCAGACGUUUAAAAAAUUUCAAUCUGAGUUUAUUAAUCCAAAAAAAAAUUUUAAUUAAAAGUUAAUUGAUUAAUAAAUAAUAAAAAUAACGAGGAUUGAUUUUUGAACAUUUAAGAAUCUAGUUACAUGAUCUGAUAAUUAAAAUUUAACAUAUUUAUUUAUAAUUUUGAUUUUAUAAUUGAUAAAUGAGCCGAAUGAAUGAAUAAGACUAUGUACGUAAUAAGCUCUCUUUAUAUAUUAAUAAUAAUAAUGAUAAUAAGUACUAUACGAUAUCAGUGAACAAUUUAUAGUUGUGUAUAGUUGUCCUAAGUAAUAAUAGUUACUGAUUUAUUAAUUGAUAUGACUAUUGAUUGAUAAUAAUUAAUAUUGCUACUAUUAAUUAAAACAAAAUAAUUAAAGAUAUUUAUGUUAUGUAUUAAAUGUAUUUAUGGAUAGUAUAGAUUCUAAUCUAAAAAUUAACAAAGAAGCGGUCCAUAUUUUUUUAGACUGAUAUUUUUUUAUAUUGUAGUUGUGUUUUAUUUUUAUCAAUUUUUUUUUAUCCGCUAUUUAAAUUUAAUAUGUACAGUUGUUUGUUUAUGUAACGUGUUAACAUUCAAUUAUCGUUAUGCAUUGAUUAUACACUUAUAACGUUAAAAAUAAUUAUAUUAUUAAUCUUAUUCUUAUUAUGCCAAGAACAAAAAAGAACACUUUUAAAACAAAUCUCAAUGUACACUUUAUUCUAUUAAAUACAUCAAUUUAUUUCGCAUGGGCU